CAGUAGGAGCGUCGUUGCGUCCCUUCGCUGUUUUUAUUCACCUGACGAACAUGGCCGCUGAUGAUUGAAGGAUACCUCGGAUCUCUUGUGAUUUCUUAACUUGAGCAAUAAACAUGCGCCAUUUGACGAUUUCAUUGUAUAAUAUGUGAAUGAACAUCUUUAUGAAGCGAUAAAUUGGGAAGUAGCACUCUAAACCAUGCUGAAGUGGUUUUCCAAUGAAGAUGGCGCUCCUGGCCAGGGAGCGCUCGGCUCCCCCCAGGGUGGUGGUGGUGCUGAAGGAGGAGAAGGAGGCCAGGCAGCCCUGGUGGAGGUGGCGGAGCGGCUGGCCCAGACAGAGCAGCUGGUGGCCCAGCUGAAGGAGCUGAUCCGUGAGAAGGAUGGCUCGCUGCGCACCAAGGACGAGCAGCUCAAGGCAGAGAAGGAGGCGUGCGAGGCCAAGCUGUCCAAGAUGCGUCUCCAGAACAAAGCCAAGGUCACCUCCCUCAGCGCCCAGCUGGAGGAGCUGAAGAAAGGAGGUGCUGCCGGGGGUGGAGCUGGGGGCCAGGGGACUCCCACCCACAGUAAGAAGGGAGGUGCAGAGGGAAGCGAGCAGGCCAGCCGUGGGAAGAUCCUCCUCCUUAGGAAGAAGGUGGAGGAGCUGGAGCAUCAGCUGUCACAGAGAGAUGAGGAACUGGAAGUCAAGUCACGAGAGCUGGAGGCCCAGAGGCAGCGUGGUGCGGACAUGGACGCCAUGCUGGUGGAGCGAAACAGGAAGCUGUCAGAGAAGGAGGCCUACAUAGUCCACCUGCAGACUGGCAUGGCCACCGGAGAGCAGACGGCCACGCCUCCAGCCCAAUCAGACACGGAGCACAUGGCGUUGCCGGAGGAGAGCGGAGCGGGCUCCCUGGCGGAGCUGCAGCUGCUGGUCCUAAGUCUGACCAGGAAGGUGGGCGAGGGUGAUGAACGGUACAGCCUGCUGCAGGAGCAGACUGAGAGCCUCAAGGAGCUCCUAGUCACAGAAAAGGCCGCCUUCGAGGACAAGGAGAACAUGUACAAACAAAACAUCCAGACGUUUAAAGACAUCAUUCUGCAGAAAGACAACAAGCUAAUGGAGGUCAACCAGAUGCAUGAGCAGGAGCUCUUCAAGUUGGCCGCCAAGUCUGACGCCAGCGCUGAUCUGGAACAGCUCCUGAAGGCUCUGAAACAGAAACUACAUGAGAAGGAGGAGGUGCUGCAGGGUAAAAACCAGGUUAUUGAUGUCCUCCAGGGGGAGGUGGACUCCAGAGACCAGCAGAUCAAGGACCUUGUGGAGCGGGCGCGGCGGCUGCAGGUGGAGCGCGAGAGCCUCGGGUCCAAGAUGGAGGCUGAGAAGCACGUGAUGCGGGCUCAGCUGCGUGACCUCUUGGAGAAGCAUCAGGGCGAGCUGCGCCGUGCCGCCGAGUGCCACGAGGCCCAGCUGGCCGAGCGGGAGCAGGCAUUUCGCGGGCAGCUACAGGAGGAGCUGGGAAGGACGCCUGUCGCCGAGCUUCAGACCCAAACGCAAGCAGGGAGCGGCGGGGAUUCUCCAGCCACGGCCCAGAGGAUGAACGAGCUGGAAGCACAAGCCAAGCUGAAAUCUGAGGAGGCCAGUAAAUCGGAAGCCAAGUUCCUAAAGAUAAAAGCCUGGUCAAAGUCUCGUAUUCGACAGCUGGAGGACGAGCUGAGGAAAAGCCAGUCUGGCAGAGUGGGCCCUGACGUGACGUCCCUGCGUAGCCGCGUCACGGAUCUGGAGGAAGAGCGGGAGGAGACGCUGUGGAAGCUGGAGCAGUACGACGAGAUCAAGGCCAAGAACGAUGUACUGGAAGCCAAGCUGGUGGUGUACGAGGAGCAGCAGAGGAAGAUGGCCUCCGACCUGGAGCAGGUCACCAAGAGAGCCGCCUCUCAGGCCAGCGAGUCAGGUAGCGCCGACGACGCCCAGAGCCAGGUGCUGGACUGGCAGGAGAUGGUGUCGGAGGCGGUGACGGCCAGGGACCGUGCCCGCGAGGAAAAGGCCACCAUGGCCCUGCGCAUGAGCCACAUGGAGGAGGAGAGAGAGGUGCUGGCCAGCCGGCAGCAGGAGUUGGAGGAGGAGCUGGUGCAGGCCCGGGGUCUCACAGGGCUACAUAGGGGCGGCAAGAAAAUGGGAGGCGCCGCCCACCAACACAGCCUGCAGGAAGACUUUGAGUUUGAUGGCAAGCAGGCGUUCCACCAGGACCCACACAGUGGCGGAUCUGAGAGCACCACCCCGAUGGAGGAGGGGGAGAACAUGGGAGGUUGGUGGCCUGAGUACACUUCCCCCAACACAGGUGGCCUGCGGUCGGUAGUGGAGGAGUUGGAGCUGGAGAGGAACCAGCUGCAGGAACAGAUCCUAGGACUGGAGGACCGCUGUCAGGACCUUGAGGACCGGCUGCAGCUGCAGGCUCGCAUCGAGUCCCUACAGAACGAGUCCGAGAGACUACAGGGUCAGCUGGCCAGCCUUCGGAGCCAGCAGAGCAGGGAUGCAGAGAAACACCAUCUCCUGGUCACCAGCCUCAACGAGCAGCUCAAAGGACUCAGUGACACCCAAGAGUGUCUCGAAACCUCUCUUAUAGAGAAGGAGAACACAUUAGUCAAGACCUCUGAGAAACUAGAGCUCAUCGACAGCCUCCGAGAUUCUUUAAUGGAAAAGGAGGCGCAGCACAAAGAGGUCGCCGACAAGCUGCUUCAAUCUGAGAACAAUCUCACUGAAGUCUCCACAAAAUGCAGUACCUUUGAAAAACAGUGUUCAGAACUGAAGACAUCGGUUGCAGAUCUCACACAUAAGCUGAGUGUGCUUAAAGAGAAGACACAGAAACAAGAGGCCACAAUAAACACUCUUCAAAAUGACCUGGAUCAGACAAACGAUGACCUGGACAAACUGAACACCACCCAUCUGGAAGAAAGGUCUCAGCUGAUCCACAACCUUCAAAGCUGUGAACGGGAGAUUGAUAACCUCAGAGAUGUCCUCUCAGACAAGGACAAGGAGAUCUUAGCCCUCUCGGGCAACAUGGCGGAGUACGCAGAGCAGAUCAUGGUGCUGAAGCAGGAGAUCAAGCACAAGGAGGAGGACCUGGUUCGCAUCGAGACCGCCCUCACCAAAACGGAGCGGGAGGCACAGAUCAUCAGAGACUCUCAGAACUCGGACCAGCAGGCUCUGUACACCAAGACGGCAGAGCUGGUGGAACAGCUGAAGGAUGCAGAGACUGAGCUGAGCAAGGCCAAAGAGGAGAAGGAGUCGAGGACAGUAGAGGUGGAGGAACAGCUGAAGGAUGCAGAGACUGAGCUGAGCAAGGCCAAAGAGGAGAAGGAGUCGAGGACAGUAGAGGUGGAGGAGCUGAGGAAGCAAGUGGAAGAGGACAAGCGGACCAUCCUGGAACUUCGAGGGGAGAUCCAGCAGCACAACGUGGGCCAUCGUAAUCAUCUCUUAGAGUGCGAAACUCAGAUCUCUUCACUGAAGGAGCAUGUGACUGUUGCUUCCCAGAAACUACAGGAGUCCGAGGGUCUCAUCUCUCAGUUGAGGGAAGCAAGUACAUCCAGCAAGACACUGAAAGACCAGCUCCAGGACAAGGAGCAGACGUAUGAGAAAGAACUCAAAUCGGUCAAGGAGGAACGGAACAAGCUUAACGCAGAGGUGUCCAAACACAAUGAUGACCUUAAGACCCUGUCCAACAAGCUAGAGAAGCAGACAGAGUGUCAGGUACAGUUGAAAAAAGAGAUGCAAGAAAAACUGGAGACAAUAUCCUCUCUUGAGGAAAAACUCAGGGCCAUCCAGGAAGAGGCCGAAGUAGAGCAACAGAAAUUUAACACAGAACUGCAAGUCAGAGAUUCUGAAAAGGAGAAGUUGGCGAAAGACCUGCAGGUUAAAUUGGAAAAUAUCUCAAAUAUGAAGAAGCUCUUGAAAAACAUGAAGACUGAAAAACAACAACUGCAAGCUGACCUGAAGGAGAAGGCAGAUGAACUUAAGUCUCAAAAGCAGCUUGUAGAUGAGCUUAAUAAAAAAUCUACGGCAGCUCUUGAACUUAACAGCAGUUUGAACUCUCAAAAAAAUGGCCUCAGAGAGGAGAAUCAGAGGUUGCAACAGGAUGUAGCUGGAAAGCAGAAAUCCAUUUCAGAGAUGACAGAUGAAAGGGAUUCUCUGAGAAACAAAGUCUCUGACUUUGAAACGCAGCAUUCAGAAAACAGAAAAGUCAUUGAAGGGCUUCUGAAAGACAAGGAGGAGCUGAGUGUUAGAGCCAAUGAACUGAACAGGGUCCUGGAGCAAAAUAAACAGUCCAUUUCUGAGAGUCUAUUUGAGAAAACAAAUGAAUGUAGUCUUCUAACUAAAACACUCAGGGAAAGGGAGGAGACAGUUGCCCGUUUACAGGUGCAAAUUGACAGUUUGAACACUCAAGUGGAGCAGUUCCAUCACAACAUUGCUGAAAAAGAGAAGUUUGUCACUGAUCAAAACUCACAAGUAGAGGCACAGCAGAGCCAGCUGUCGCAACUCCAGGAAACAAUGUAUUUACUGCAGGAGCAGGAGACUGCCCUGAAAACUGGGCUCACGGAGAAAGACACCGUAUUGCAGCAGAAAUCAGAUGAGUGUAGCUCUUUACAGAAUAAACUUGGGCAGCAGAAAAAGCUUCUAUCCAAGCUACAGGGUGAGACUAAAUCACUUAAAGGACAAUGCUCACAACUGACUCAGCAUCUGGAAGAAAAAGAAGAGACCUUCAGACAAAUGACACAGGACUGUGAAAACCACAAAGAUGAGCUGAACCAGAGGAACGAGUCAAUGAAGUCACUAAGCAGUCAGCUUGGUGUCAUAAACGAGAGCAGUGCGAAGUUGGAGUCUGAAAAUACAGAGCUGAAGACCACUCUGGAGAACCACACAGCAGAAAACAAGAAGCUGAGGGAAGAGAUGGAACAGAGGCAAGCUGAGGUGGUUGGCCUCCACAGUCACAUCCAGGCACUGAGUGAGCAAAACCAACAACUCCGAGCUGCUUAUGAGAUCAGAGAUCAGGAACUUGCCCAGCAAAUGCACGUUGCAUCUGAGCUUGAUAGAAGGGUAAAUGUGACUCUUGAGCAGAACACAAACCUGUGCUCACAACUGAACAGUCUGACAGAGGAGAAGCAGAUACUGCAACAGGAAUUAGCUGUACAGUCGGAGUCCAUUUCUGAAUUAAGCAAGGAGAAGAACUUACUUCAAGAUAAACUUUCCAAUUUUGAAAUGCAACAUUCAGAAAACUGCAAAAUUAUUGAAGGGCUACUGAAAGACAAAAAGGAGCUCAGUGUAGCAGUAGAGGAACUCAACAAGGUCCUAGAGCAAAACAAACAGACCGUUUCAGAGAGUUUGCUGGACAAAACAAAUAAAUGUACUAAUCUCACCAAAUUGCUUAGAGGGAGUGAAGAGGCACUUGCACAUUCACAAGACCAAGUUGACAGCUUGAACACCCAACUUGAUCAACUGAACAACAACAUAACCGAAAAAGAGAAGACUAUCAGAAAUCAAAACUCACAAUUAGAGGCCCAGCAGAGAGAGUUGUCGCAACUCCAGGAGACAUUGGCUUUAUUACAGGAGCAGGGGACCGCACUGAAAUCUGGGCUCACAGAGAAGGACACCAUGUUGCAGCAGAAAGCAGAGGAGUGGAGCUCUUUACAGAAUAAACUUAAUCAACUGCAGGGCGAGACUAAAUCACUUAAAGGACAAUGCUCACAACUGACUCAGCAUCUGGAAGAAAAAGAAGAGACCUUCAGACAAAUGACACAGGACUGUGAAAACCACAAAGAUGAGCUGAACCAGAGGAACGAGUCAAUGAAGUCACUAAGCAGUCAGCUUGGUGUCAUGAACGAGAGCAGUGCGAAGUUGGAGUCUGAAAAUACAGAGCUGAAGACCACUCUGGAGAACCACGCAGCAGAAAACAAGAAGCUGAGGGAAGAGAUGGAACAGAGGCAAACCGAGAUACUAGAUCUUAGGGACAACAUCCAAGCAUUGAAUGAACAGAAUGUCAGACUAAAAACCGAACUCAAAAACUCUGUCACAGAGGCAUCCAAGAAACUUGAAGAGAUUUCAGUUCUCAAGGCAGAGAUUUCUAACAGGGACAGUUAUGUGUCUAAUUUAACAAAGCAACUGACAGCAGCCUGCUCGGACAGGGAUAGCUUAGGUUUGAAUUUGCAGCAGAGAGGUGAGUCCCUAAAACAGCAGGAGAUGUUUAUUAAGCAGUUACAAACUAAGUCAGUAGAGGGUGAGGGUCAGAUGAGCCAGGCCAUCACUGAGCUGCAGACACAAGCUCAGAGUCUUCAGAAAAGCCUUCAAGACAAGGAUGUUUCGCUGCAUGAGGCGGAGAAACGGCUGAGUCUGCUCAGAGAGAAGUUCACCUUAGAAUCUGAGGAUUUCAAAACCCAGCUGAAUUCAAGUGCAGAAACGAUGAAACAGCUUCAGGGUGAUCUGCGUAAUGCGGUGGAACAGAGUAAUCAGCUCAGUGGGAGGCUUGAAGAACAAGAGGCACAGCUUAAGCAGAAAGUUGAUGAUUAUGUGAGUUUAAGGACAUAUGUUUCAGAGCUGGAGGAUUCCACCACACAGCUCAGAGGUCAAGUUGACAGCCUGACCUCUGAGUCAUCCCUGUUAAAAGAGACCCUGAAAGAGAAAGUCAAGUUCAUCCUUGAGGCACAAAGCACCUCCUCAGCUGUUAGUGAAAGCCUAAAUUCAAAACUCAAAACCAAAGAUACAGAAUGUGAGAGCUUAAAAGAGCAGCUUUUGUACCUCCAAGGAUCCGUUGUAAAGCUCAAUACCAAAGAUGCAGAAUGUGAGUGCUUAAAAGAGCAGCUUUCACAUCUCCAAGAGUCUGUUUCAAAGCUCAAUAGUAGCCUCAGUGCCCAGUCCUCUGAAGUGGCACGACUUCAACAAGCCUUAGAGGAAAGAGGGACUGCCGUUAUGGACCAGUCAAAGGCCCUUCAGGAGCUGCAGAGAAGGGCAGAUGAAGCAGCCCUCUUCAAAACCCAGUUCAUGGAGAGCACAGAGUUGGUGUCACAACUGCAGGAUCAGAUUCAGGAACUCUCCACUAAGUCUGCAAGCCUCAGCCGGUCGGCAGAGGAGAACCAAAGUGCCUUUGUAAAUCUUCAGGAGAAGUAUGCUACUCAUUUAGAGGAGCUCCAGGAAGCUCGGAUGAUGCUUUCUCAAAGGGCCGAGGAGAUGUCCAGUCUUAACAAGUCCCUCAGUGAAAGCAACAGCACAGUUCAGGCAGCAGAAAGCACCAUAGAGGUGCUGAGGAAUGAGUCUUCCUUGCUACGUCAAGACCUUCGGCAAAUCCAAACACUGAAUGUCGACCUUUCAAAACAAAAGGAAGACGCCCUUGCUACCCAUCAAAGGAGCACCUCAACAUUCACUGUCGAAAUUGAGAGACUAAAAUCUCAGUAUUUGCAUGUGGCUGCUCAGGUAAAUGCACUGACAGAAAAUCUUGAGCAGAGAGAGAUGUCUCUUCAUGCCAUUAACAGUCAGUACACAGCCCAGGUGAAACAGGCAGAGCACGUAGUGUCAGAAAUGCAGAAACUAGAAGAGCAAAAUAAGAAGCUAAGAGAGGAGAUAGCUCUGUCAAAGCAAGAGAAUCAACAGCGGCUGGAUGCAGCAAUCAGUGAAAAAGAACGUCUGCAGCAAGAAGUUCAGAAACUCAUAAUUGAGAGAGAUGAACACGGCAAGAGCUACAGCAGCCAGAUACAAACAAUGCAGGAGCAGGUGCAUCUCCAAAAGCAGCAGCAAUCCAGCAGCAUGAAUGAAGUCAUGGAGAAAAUGGUGGCUGAGAAGGAAAGACUACAGGUUGAGGAGACGAGACAGAGGGUGGAUGAGCUGCAGAGCGCCUUGCAGCAGGCACAGGCCUUCAAACUGCAGACUGAAACAGAAGUCAGCGGGUACCAGGCAGAGCUGGCUGAACUGAGGUCUGAGAGUAGCAGGCUGCAGUCUGAGUGCCAGCGUCUGGCUGGGGAGAGGAAGGAGACCAUGGCCCUGGUGGGGAAGGAUGUGUCUGAUGACCCGUCACUGACCCAGCUCCAGGCAGAGAGAACUCAGCUGCAGAGUCACCUGCAGCGCUGCCUCUAUGAGAUCCAGCAGAGAGAUCUGCACUGCCAGCAGCUCAACGCCAAGCUGCAGCAGGUGGUGGAGGAGAAAGGGGGUGUGUCGGCCCAGCUGAGGGCAGUGUCUCAGACGCUGAGAGACACCCAGAACCGCUGCUAUUGGCUGGAGAACCAGGCCCUGCCUAACCAGCACCACCAGGGCCUUGCAAAGCAGGGGGCGGUGUCUGUAGAAGUGGCUCCGGGAGCUCCCCAGGAGAGGAGCAGUGCUGUGGUAGACAUGGAAGCACUGGAGGCCGGCGAGCUCAGGACCAGGCUGGUGGAGGUGGAGCAGAGCGUGGUUCAGCUAAGUGAGAGUCUGGCUGAAGAGAGGACAAGGAGGGAAGCAGCCGAGGAAGCUCUGGGACUGGCUGAGGACAGAGCCAAGAGCGUUGACUCCAGUCCAUCCAGGACGACCCAGAGAGACUUCAGCAUCCAGCUGGAUACAGAGGAGGAGUGGGAGGCCCUCAUCCUCAACCCCAACGAACCCCUGGUCACACGCAAGGUGAAAGGCGGGAUGCUGGCCUGCAGGCGCUGGCUUCGGGGGCGGAGCCUGUACUGCUCCAAGCUGCUGACAUCACGGGCCCGCUCGCGCUACCUCUUCCUUGGCUACCUGCUGAUUCUGCACGUGGCUGUCCUCAUGUGCCUCACCGGCGCCCUCUAGUGCCGUGGGGGUGAAAACAAUCACAAAUUGCAGAUAGAAAUAUAAUUUAUAGAGCAGACUGAGGCACGUUUCCUCCAUGACAAAGACGGUUUGUUCUGCGCAAUGUUUUUCUAUGUAGUUCACUUGACGCUGGGGGUGUUAACAUUGCAGAUACAAAUGUCAUGUGUAGACAAGACACCAUGGCCCGUUUCCUCCACGACAAAGAGGAAUGUCUGUUCUACUCCAUUUCGAGGUAGUUAACCAUGUCUUUUUCCCCUGGAAUGUUAUUCCACCUUUCAGAAUAAGCUGCAGGUUUUUGUCUAGUAUCCAGAGUUUUCAUAAGAGUGAGGGCUUUUGGGGUGUGUCUCAAGUCUUGUGGCUUCUUCACCUCGCCUCCUACCCUUGGUUCUCACUGGUCUGAAAAGAAAAUGGACAGCUGAAAGUGGAUCCUUUGGUUAGAUCCUACCUUCUUGUUUUCACCCAUUUUUUUUGUCAGAUCAGUGCAGAUGUAGGCGAGAGGAAGAAGACUGUUAUUGACUAUUAAGACUCAGCCUUUGGAGUGUCUCAGGAGAAAGUGCCGUUUCGAUCCUGUCUAUUAUGUGUUAAAGCCUGAGACGGAACAGAAAGCCAUAUCCAGUCUACAUGAACGCUAGCCUAAGACGUGCGUACGUACGUGUGUGUGUGUGUGUUUGAAACACAUUUGUGUGCGCAGGUGUGUGUGUUCAUUUGCACGUGUACAAGAAAUAAACACUAGUCCACUGUAACCUCAUUUAGAUUCACCUUGGGGAACAAAGACUGGUGUAAGUCUAAGAUGAUUCACCAACAACAUGAUGGAACUGCCCCACUCAGACUAAUGCUGAUGUCUGGCAAGACACAGAUACGGUAUUUCAGGAGAGAAGGGUGGGAAAAGCCAAUAGUACUAUUUCUGCAAAGAUGCCUAUGUAAUUGCACUGCUGCUCAACCCUUCUCCCCAAUACCAAACCCACUGUGUGCUCAACCUGGCACUACCAGGCCAUGGCAUAAUGUUCCCUUUGGCACCCCCUGGUGUCUCCUGGGUAAUAACUGUCUCAUGGUGGCCUUGGCACAAUUAUAAGGUCUAUUCUAUAGCUGCUGCAUUCAUAGCUAUGCACUAAAACUCUCAUCAGGGGGUGUUUUUUUUUUCCUUCUCUCCUUCAGCAAAGAUAUUCAACAUAAUGUAGGGCCAGGAGUUUUAUCUGACCACGUGUCCUGAUAAGGAAAUACUGAUCUGGACCCUAGUAAUAGGAUCUAACUGGCCCCUAGUAAUAGGAUCUAUCUGGACCCUAGUAAUAGGAUCUAUCUGGACCCUAGUAAUAGGAUCUAUCUGGACCCUAGUAAUAGGAUCUAUCUGGACCCUAGUAAUAGUAUCUAUCUGGACCCUAGUAAUAGGAUCUAUCUGGACCCUAGUAAUAGGAUCUAUCUGGACCCUAGUAAUAGGAUCUAUCUGGACCCUAGUAAUAGGAUCUAUCUGGACCCUAGUAAUAGGAUCUAUCUGGACCCUAGUAAUAGGAUCUAUCUGGACCCUAGUAAUAGGAUCUAUCUGGACCCUAGUAAUAGGAUCUAUCUGGACCCUAGUAAUAGGAUCUUCUGGACCCUAGUAAUAGGAUCUAACUGGCCCUAGUAAUAGGAUCUAACUGGACCCUAGUAAUAGGAUCUAACUGACCCCUAGUAAUAGGAUCUACUGGACCUUAGUAAUUGGAUCUAUCUGGAACCUAAAGGUUUUACCUUGUCAGAUCACAUGGUCUGGAGAAUAUCCUCCUACCCUGUUUGUGAGCCCUGUAAGUGCCCUGUACCCUGGUAAGUGUGUAAGUAAGAUGUUGUAUUUAAGGGUGGAGUGUAAAAGUGUGCAAGUGUGCACCCUGGUAAGUGUGUAAGUAAGAUGUUGUAUUUAAGGGUGGAGUGUAAAAGGGUGCGAGUGUGCACCCUGGUAAGUGUGUAAGUAAGAUGUUGUAUUUAAGGGUGGAGUGUAAAAGGGUGCGAGUGUGCACCCUUGAAAGUCUACUGUGUGUAUUUAUGUAUCUGUAUUUGUUGCUCUGUGCCCCCCAAUGCUCUGUUGUUCACUGUACAUUUCUACUUCAUCUGUUGAUUGAUUACAUGCUGAUUUAAUCACUUGAUUGAUAGUGCAGGGUGGCAAUUCACAAAGCAGGAGACAGUAUGUCAGCCAUCUUACUUUGAGACACUUACUUUGAGACACAUGAGAUAUCAUUUGUAUUUCUCUGGUUCGUAUCUCAUCUGUUUCAAGUUUAGCAUGGGACGAACUGAGAGAAUGUCAUACUUAUAACAAGUGUGUUUUACCUCUCUGCACUAGGAAAUAUGAAGUCUGAGUGACAAGCUGUUUGUUUGUGCCAUCAUGCCAACUCUUUCUCACUCAUUGUUAUACCAAACACAUUUGGCUUGACAAUGAGCAAUGGAGUUGGCCAGAACACAAACAGAUUUGGGACCAGGAUAGGAAAUCUAGUGUUUCAGAAUAUUUACGGUAGUUAGCCAGCUGAGCUAAAAACAUUGCUCCUGCUUUGUGGGAUACCACCAUAGAGAUUAAUAGAGGCCUCUAGUGGCCAAAAGGCUGUAUUAGCAUGGGCAGCACCAUUGAGGGCUUCCACCAUUUUAAUGUAGUCAACUGGGUUGGACUUCCAACUUCAUUGGCUGAUCCCUCCUGGUGACCCUGUUGGAGUCAUGUCCAACCAGUUCAUUAGGAGGAAUCAGCUAAUCGUGGAGAAGAAUAUUGACUACUACAAUGGCACUGCCCAUGCUGUCAGACGCUGUAAUGGCACAGAUACAAAGAUAAUGGAUACCACCCUGUUCUAACGUUGGUGUUGUGGUCCUGAUGGUCUGUAUACGUAGAUGAGUCCUCUAUCUAUCUAUCUCUAUGGAUACCACCCUGUUCUAACAUUGGUGUUGUGGUACUGUGGUCCUGAUGGUCUGUAUACGUAGAUGAGUCCUCUAUCUAUCUCUAUGGAUACCACCCUGUUCUAAUGUUGGUGUUAUGGUACCGUGGUCCUGAUGGUCUGUAUAGAUGGUGUGAUUGAGGAAAGGAUGACAAAAUACAUCUAUUUAUAAGAGGAAAUGCUACUGAGUGAAAACAAAAUGUCAUAUUUUCUAAAUAGGCUCUAUUUUUUAGAAGUCAAAUCAUUUGGACAGCAAUACUAUCCUAUCCAGGCAUUAAUGGGUUCAAUACCUUGAGAGGUUGACUUUCACGAAGAAAGGAAUUUUAAUAAAUCUGUUUGAAAAACACGA